GGGACCUUCUGUAGUUUCACCGGCUCAUCCAACCGGGCGGGUCGCUUCGUAAUUCCGAUCAGAUUUGUUGACGCCGCCCAUGAAUUUAGUCCCCGUGUACUAAACCAAACUCACAGAGUUUAAUCGGUUUACUGUAUCAGCCAAUCAGCGCCUCCCUGCUCCAGCUUGUUGAGCUCCGGACCAAUCAGCAGCGAGCAGCUCCUUGUUGUUGCUGCUUCGGGCCACAGGACUCGGACGGCCAGCGAGCUGCGGUGUCGCUGCGGGGUGCUUGUCCCGGAUCACCGACGGGUUCUCCAGUUUGGCUUUGUGACAGGCGGAAGCGGCAUGUCGGUGAACAUGGAGGAGCUGAGGCACCAGGUGAUGAUCAACCAGUUCGUGUUGGCGGCCGGAUGCGCCGCCGAUCAGGCCAAGCAGCUCCUCCAGGCGGCCCACUGGCAGUUCGAGACGGCGCUGAGCUCCUUCUUCCAGGAGGCCAAUGUUCCGGGUCAGCACCAGAUGACGGUGACGCCCAGGAACACGCCGGCCACGCCCCCCAACUUCCCAGACGCCAUCGCCAUGUUCUCCAGGCUACGGGCGUCAGACUGCCCCCCCCAGGCCGCCUCGCCCCCAGCACCCCCCCCAACAUGGACCGCCUCGCCCCCCACCCACCAACCCCCCUGGCUGCCCCCUCCCUCCCCCACAGGUCACCAUCAAGGUCACCAUCAAGGUCACCUCCACCUGCACCGCCGCCCGGUGGCCCUGUGGCCCCCCGGCGCCACGCCGGGCGGCCCCCAGCAGCCGGCCGCCAUGUCGGCGCUCCACAGCCCGAGAUGAGGACUGGGUCGGUUCUGAUCGGGUCGGUAUGCUAGCUUCCACGGAUUCAUGGAGAGUCCGGAGGUUCUGUGGGGAUUCUGUCCCGGCCCGCUGGACUCAGAACACAAAGCCAUGAGGUCCGAAUAGCCGGCACCGGGUCUGGGUCCGGCCGGGUUCUGCCUGGAGGGAAACCGACCCGAUUCUGCUUCAAAUUUAUUUUUAUUUCCAUUUAUUUUUCCAAACUUUAAACUUUCUGAAAGUGGAUUCAUCAGAACCUGACCCAGUUCUGGUCCUGGACCUGGGUCAGACUCAGAACCAAACCUUUGUUCGCUCAAUGACUGGGAGACGUUUGGGUCCAGAUGUUCAGAACCGGUUCUCCUUCAUGCUGAAUGUUGGCCAUGACGGAGUCAGAGGUCAGAGGUCAGAGGAACGUUCCUGAGACGCUGAACCUCUGAGUGUCCUUUCUGUGCUGCACAUGGAACCAGAACCAGAACCAGAACACUCCUUCACAGCACCUUUCUGUUCCGGUUGAUUUUUCACUUCCGGGUCAAACUGGACUCAGAUCAGAACCGACCCGCAAAUCCCCAGAAUCUCCUGACUCUCCUUGGACAUGAGGCCAAAUUGCAGAACCGGGUCACAGAACCGGGUCUAUAUCAACUAUCAGCAGAUUAUCAAUUAAUCUGAAUUUUUUUUAAUCUUUGCUUCCAGAUCUAAAAAACUUGAAAGUUAAUAACCAGAAAGAUCCAGAACCAGAAGGGUUCGGUUCUGUCCUGGCCCGGAUGUUUAGCCCUUUGAAUGAUGCCGGGGUUCUAUGGGUCGGUGAACAUGAACAUUUUCAGGUUUUAGUUUCCGGGUCGGGUUAGUUUCUGUACGUUUAAUUCUGUUGUUGGAUUUUAUUUAUAUGUUUAAUAAAACACAUUCUGAUCUGGUCCAAAGAGCCAGCCGAGCCGGAACCAGAGCCAUCCAGGCCGGCUUUUCUCUCGUGUGUUCCAGUGUCAAAGGGAAACUUUAUGGUAGAUUUUUAUAAGAUUUAAAAUUUCCAAUGUUUAUAGGAAACUGUUUGAUCUCUGACGAGAAAAACUUAACAAUAAAGUUUUAGAAAUUAAAAA